CCAUAUUAUUAAUCUAUGCUUUAUAAAGGUCAGCCGGUUGUGUAAAGUUCAAAUUUUAGUAUUUUUUUUUAUAUAAAUGGUUACAAAUUAAAAUAAAUACCCAUUUGUAUUUGUAGGUGAUUAAGGACGGUGAACUCUAAGUUUAGUGUGAAAAUUUUAUUACAAGACAUCACAAACGUGCAGCCAUCACAGAAACUUUCAUAGAAUUAAACAAAGUCCCGACCAAAGUGUCCACGAUCGGAAAGAAAGUAGGAGAAACGUUUGACGACAACGAGAAUUUAGUAAUCAUCAUUCCCGGAAACCCAGUUUAUUACAAGACAUCACAAAAAUGCAGCCCAUCACAGAAACUUUCAUCGAAUUAAACAAAGUACCGACCAAAGUGUCCACGAUCGGAAAGAAAGUUGGAGAAACGUUUGACGACAACGAGAAUUUAGUAAUCAUCAUUCCCGGAAACCCAGGUUUAAAUUCCUUUUACGACAAAUUUGCAAGAAGAAUUAACGAAAAUUUGAGUUGUUCAGUUUGGUGUGUAGGACAUGCAGGACAUAAUUACACGGCCGAAAAAUUGAAAGGAGUGCCCAAGUACAACGAAAAUAAGGAGGUGUACGGUCUUGAUGGACAAGUACAAAAUAAGGUUGACUUUUUUGAAAAAUACGUCCCAAAAAAUGCGAGGGUUCACCUUAUCGGUCAUUCCAUAGGAUCUUACAUGGCUGUGAACCUAUUAGACAAACCUACGAUAUCGGAAAAAAUCAACAAGGCCUAUUUGCUCUUUCCCACAAUAGAAUACAUGGCUAAAACCCCGAACGGACUCUUCUUGAACGGAUUCCUGAGAAGCAUAAUAUGGUUCGUAGUUCUCAUGUCUGGUUUGUUCGCUAUUUUACCACAUUUUAUACAAACUGCUCUACUGUACGGUUACAUGAGCAUUGUCGGCAUGCCUAAACAUAACUGUGAUAUUAUACGAUCGUUGAUCAGGCCUGCUAUCUUGAAACGCGUAUUCUUCCUAGCCUACGAAGAAAUGGACCAAGUGCUGGAAAGAAACUCGAAUAGUCUGGAACACAAUAUAAAGAAGGUGAAGUUGUUGUACGGUGAAACCGAUGGGUGGACUCCUCUGCAGUAUUAUACCAACCUUAAGAAAGAUAUUCCGGAUAUCGAUGCAGAGGUAACUAGCUUUAACCAUGCUUUUGUGUUAAACAGAAGUGAUGAACUUGGUGAUAUGGUUUGUGAUUGGAUCAAGAAUAAGGCUUAGGUAGUUCGAAGUGGUACACUUCCCGUCAAAAAAAAAACUGGUAUAACUCUUAUAAUCGAAAAUCGCGUUUUUCAAGUUGUUUAUCGAGAAGCGUGAUUGGUUUCUCGUAAAUUGUACUGUAAAUACAAAACUCUAUUGAGUUGUGGGAUAAUAAGAUGAACACACGGGAAAAAUAAAAAAAUUAAUUUGAAAUAAUACAAUAUGAAUAACUUUUACAGUGAACAAGUGUGGGAUUUAAAUAUAUGUAUGUAUGACAAUUCGAAACUGCUGAAAUAUUAAUAUUUUGUCAGCUCCAUUAUUAUUAAUCACUUCUUGUAAUCUUCUGGGCACUGAGAAAUAAAUUUAGUUAUAGAUUUUCAUCUUCGUCCAAGCUUUCCCAGGUUUCUUCAAUGAUGGUCAAUUGGUAGUGAUAAAAAUAAUACCUAUCUAAAACCUUUAUACAUUUUUAAACGUAUUUAGAUUUAUUAUUUUUGUAUUUAGAUUUAGUGCAAUUCCGUUAUCUGUUAUGGCAACAACGAAGUGAUUCACGAACUAUGGACAGCCUAAGUCUGACGUCACAAAUGUCACAAAAUUGGGAGGAGCUUAUAUUGGCUCCAAACAAUUUUGUUUGUAACGUUAAAUGGUCAUAAGGAAUUUUUCAUUUAUGUGCUUUGUGUGGCAAAAUAAGACUUCAUUUAGGUAUUUCGUUAAAGAAACGUGUUAAUUAAGAGAUUUUUAUUCGUUUUUGCUCAGGUGGUUUUUAUUCCUUAGUGGUUGAACAUUAAACAUAACCUCAAAACUGUUUACGUUCUAAUCAUUGCAUUAAAUUAACUCACCUGGGCAAAAACGAAUAAAAAUCUCUUAAUUGACACGUUUCUUUAACUAAAUACCUAAAUGAAAAGUCUUAUUUUGUCACACAAACCACGUAAACAAUAAAUUAAAAAUUCCUUAUGAGUGUUUAACACUAUAAACAAAAUUGUUUGGAGUCAAAUAUAAGCUCCUCCCAAUUUUGUGACGUCAAGACUUAGGAUGUCCAUUGUAUCCAGUCUGAACACAGGUUUACAGGGAAAAAAAAGUGUACCAGUUUUUUGUGACGGGAAGUGUACCUAGUAGAUAGUUUUUCACGAGACAAGUGCGUUCAUUAUUAUAUUUAUUAUAUUGGGCAUAUUACGGCGUUGUUGUUUCAUUAUGAUCUUUAUUUUAUCAUUCACUCGUUCUUUUGGUCCCUUACAAAUAUCAUUUCAAAUGCGAGUAUUUUCCAUUCUAUUGUGUUAAUUCAUCAAUUGCUUUCUUCGUUAAAAUUAAGUGAUGUAGUAACGAUAAACAUUGAUAAACAGUCCAGUGGUAGUUGCAAAGAUGCAAAUGGGAUAAAACCGUCAUAAAUAUCCAGGAAGCAAUGUGUACACGAUCAAAUGUCUAUUGGAAGUCAAUAAAACAACAUAUAGAUAUAUCACAUCUUUGAGCGAGUACGUUUAUCCCAAACAAUGCCUCUCGUUCCAAAACCGUUUCGAAAACCAAACUGUAUGUCACUUGGUAGUCCUGGCAUUUAUUAUAGAUUCGGCCAUGUACCUAUUACCUUUGGAAAAAUUUUUAAUAAAUGACUUAACAAACUGUAACAAAAUAUGGUACUGAAAACAUCGUCAGACAUAUAAAAGCUAAUCGGAUAAGAUGGGCAGGUCAUGUAGUAAGAUCAGAGGAAGACAGAGUGCUAAAGACAGUGUUCUUCGAGAGACCAGACGGUAGAAGAUCAGUGGGCCGUCCCAGAAAAAGAUGGAAGGAUGAUGUUGAAACCGAUCUAUCUAGGAUGGGGUACAACAAUGGCAAAUCGAAGCGCAAGAUCGCAGACGAUGGAGGGCCAUAGUGGAUGCGGCGAAGACUCACCCCGAGUUGUAAAGCCAGUCAAGAAGAAGAAGAAGACUUAACAAACUGAAGGUUCUAUAAUCAGCUCAGGUUUUUUCUGUUGUCUUCUUAGGUAGAGCUAUGAACGAACAGUGAAUCGAACCAACCAUUAGGCAGGUGUCCGCUGGUAUAAUUAGUAUUGAAAAACGAAGUUCUCUAAAACUAAAACAUUGCUAUCAUUUAUAAGCUCCCAUGAUCCACUGCUGUAUUUUUGCGAAACAGACAGAUAUAUUAUGCUUUUUCCCACAGGUCGUAUGAAUGUCCCUCAUGCCCAAUUUAAAUAUGAACUCGCAAUAUAAUUUUAAUGUUUAAGACUAAAAACCUUAAUUUUUUUGAUAAUAUACAUGUUAAAAUAAUAUUUAUAUCCGGUGUUCCUAGAUGUCAGUAAAUAUACUGUAUACAGCGAAAUAGCAUGAGAUCAAUAUUUGAUGUUAAGAAACAACAGUGUAAAUUGGAUAUAGUAGGAACAAUGAAAGAUUACCCAUGGAGCGAUCGUUUUAAACACAUCUUUUCUGUUCCAAAAAGUAAUGAACCAGUACCAGUAUUAUAAGAACAGUAGUUUAUAUAAUUAUUACAUGUACUAUCCGUUGCAAGAUAAUUCGGAUGGAAUUCCGACAAAAUAUGUACUUUUUGUACAUAUUUUGUCGGAAUUCCAUCCGAAUUAUCUUGCAACGGAUAGUGCCUACUUGCGUUGAUCAAUUUUUUUUGUGGCAUGGUGACAGUAAAAUACAGCGUGUUUUGUAUGUGCGUUCAUGGGUAAUCUUUCAUUUUUCCUACUAUGUAUAUACAAUAUUGGUGAUAGUACUGCUGCCUCGACUAUUCUUUUUCUCAUGAUCAUCUUUCAGUGCGUCACAGUUUUUCGAUUUCUCUCUAACGCAUUAAAUUGUAUGUGACAGAAAAAAAGGCACGUCUGGGAAUACUUCGGUAAUUAUUCUAGUUCGGUGAUUAUUCUAGUUGUCGAUAGAUGGCGCCAUAAUCAAAAAAGAAUUAUUUAUUAAAUAAAAUAAUAAUAUUAUCAAUAUAAUCUGUACAAUUUAUAAGACUAUACAAAUGAAAGAAAAUACCAUUUUAUAAAUGCAAUAGACACAAUUGAUUUGGUUUUAUUCCAAAUUGAAAAUAAAAUUUGACAACUGUCAGAUUUAACUAAAAUGUCACGUUAGAAUAAAUGUCAUAAAUGUGUAUUAUCACGGACUUACCUUUUUUUCUAUAAUUUGUGACGCACUGAAAAAUGUUCAUGAAAAGGAGAAUAUCCCAGCUCCUUAUACUCAAUUCCCAAUAAAAUAGCUUUUGUUGGGGCAUUGAAUGUUCAAUUCUGUGAUAAGGAAAGAUCUCUGUAUGUAAUAAGGUAAGCCCUUCAAAUACUUCAUGUGACAUUGACAUCAAGGAACACUGUUUGGUAAGUGGGUACCUAAAAUUAUCAGUAUUCAACUGUUUAUUUUGUGUAACGUGAUUUCCUUAAUUUAUUAUUUUUAUAUUGCUGUUUUAAGACUUUUGUUCAAAAUUAACCAGUUGCAUUCUUCCAUGUAAUUCGUUACAUAGUUUAAUUAGUUAUUAUUUAACAACUUCACCAAGAGAAGUCUACCAUGUCAAACGCUUUUUUAAUACCUACUUCAAGAACGAACCUCUACCCUUGUCACAUCACAUUUUAUUCAUGGACGUGUGUAUUUGGGACAUAUUUAGGUUAUUUGAAUCAUAUAUGAUUAAUUUUCUUCUUCUUCAUGUGCUGUGCUUGAUUAUCCAGCGUUGGCCAUAGUAAUUUUGUUGUCGGCAGCUCGGAAAAGGGAGGCAGAGGAUCUGUUAAACCAUUCCCUCAGGAAGCAAUGACGUUCUUCUUCGACCUGGUCCUCUUAUUCCGUCUACAUUCCCUUGUACUAUUAAA